UUGCCAGUCACUCAAUUUCCAGAUCUUUCAAUUUAAACAAAAUCGAAAGGAGGAUUUUGCUUUGUUUCUUUUGAAAUAUUAACAUUUUGUUUUUGAAAAUUUAUUCGAUAAGCUAUCGCGAAUCGCAUAGUAUUUGAAAUGGAAGAUUAUCUAGAACCGGGAGAGAUAAAUUUCCGAAAUUUAAUUAGAGAAUCAACUGAGAGUUCAGUUAAAAAUGAGGAGUUGAAGGACGAUUAUGAUCUCUCUUUGUUAGCUCAACUUGAUGAUAUUACUUACAACUUGGCAUCUGACACUAAUGAUUUACCAAUGGUUCGAGACCUAGAAUUACCUUCUCCCAUAUCAGAAACUUCUAAUAACUCUUUACAAAAUGGUAUGAGCAACUUUAAGGAAAAUGAUUUGCCGGAUCUGCAAUUUUCACCAAAUAAAGAACCCAGUAAUGUACAUUAUGUAAAAUAUAAACUCCAAGAUGGAAGACAUGUGAAGAUAUGGGAAUGUGGGAUUUGUAAAAAAGUAUUUGCUCAUCAGUAUACUUUAAUGAGACAUUUACCAACGCACACUGAUGAAAGAAAGUACAAGUGUGUAACUUGUGGAAAAGCAUUCCGACAGAUGUCAACCCUUUCCCAACACAGAGCGAUCCAUUCUACCGAACGACCCUAUAUAUGUGAAGUUUGCAAAAAAACUUUCAAUCGUGUUUCCACCUUGAUUUCCCAUAGAAAAACUCAUACAGGUAUCAAACCCCAUAGAUGCCAUUUGUGUACGAAAGCGUUCCACCAGAAAGGAAAUCUUCGUAAUCACAUUUUCACUCAUACUAAUGCAAGACCCUACAAAUGCGAUAUCUGUGAAAAGGGAUUCAAUCAAAUGUCAAAUUUGAUGUGUCAUAAAUUGAAGACUCACCAAAGGAUCGAAAAACCUAAUUAUACCUGCCAAAUUUGUGGUAAAUGUUUCACAAAACGUUGUGUUUUAAGAGAACACGAACAAAACUCUCACAAAAUAAUAAAUUCAUCACAGUUUCUAUCAUCGGACGAUCAGCUCAUAGAUCAAUCCAAUAAUCCUAAUGCCGUUAUUAUCGAUCCAAUAAAAACUGAAGCAAUGCGAUGUGCAAUCGAAUCUAAUCAAACUCCAUAUGCUCUUCUUCGUCCUGUCGGCGGAAUACCUGUAUUGGUGAGGGUAUUACCUGCAGGCGAUAAACAAAUGUUAGUUCCAGCUUUGGCCGAGGAUUUGAAAAAACACAGUCACAUAUCAAUUACCUCUAAAAGUGACACACCUGCUAACGAAAAUGGUAAGCCGCUCGGUGAAACAGUAAAAAUUCAGAUACCAGUAGUUGCAACUGUGAUACAGCAAAAUGUCCCUGCAGGGGAAAUAUCUAAGCCAGUUGUUAAUCCUGGACCGAGCAGAGAGCUGGACAAUGAAGUUGGAACGAAAAAAUUUAAUUUUAACACCUCUCCCACGCUGACCAAUUCUAAUUCUACUACUGGAGAACAGAAUAACCAAGAAAUUAGCCUUCAAAAUACUCCAAUUAUGACUGAAGGGUUUCCUCUAACUGAAAACAUCCAAAAUAUCAACAUACGGUUCGAUGAUGCCUAUAGUAGUAAAAUUGGAGACGAAUUUAAUUACGUAGAUCUAUUAUGAAUAAUGCCAUUAAUCAGAUGAUUCCUCUUCCUUAAGGUAUACUGCGACUGAAUUGACUAAUAACUAUGAUGGAUCAUUAGUCUCAGUUACUAUAAAAACGCUCGUGAUUUUAUCGAACUUAUUCAUCAUAUUUCACUUUUUCUUUUGUUAGAUGUUAUAUGAAGUGAAAAAUCCAAAGGAAAUCAGUUUAUUUGUUCGAUUAGUGUAAUCAUAGAAAUUAGAUUUCUAUUUAUCUUUCGACAACUACAACAACUAAUAUUUCGAAAUAUUUUUAUGUUAUACAGCAUGUAAAAGCCAAAUGGAUUAAACUCGUUAAUUAGAUUACUGAACAAAUCCUGAAACGCAUCAAAUACAAAUUAUAAUUUGACAUUUUCGCAAUUAAUUCCUCUCAAAUGACAGCUACAGCCCCCAAUUAUUUAAAAAAGUGUAGUACAUCGUUUGUAGGAUCUCUUCAUAACAUUUUUCGAUAGAAGAACUAUAUACGAGAGCCGUUUUUUUCCAACCUCCGAUCGCCUCGUGGGCAGAAGAAACUCUCGCUCUACACACUCCGCCAUUUUUGACAUUCAGGCGUCGCGUCAGUCGGCGUUGAGCUACAGCCACGUAAACAUGUCCGUCAUUUUUGAUUCUCUCGCCAAGUGUGAUUCGUUUUCUACAGACUGAAGGCGAUAUUGCUGCAGAUAUACAUCGGAGAAUUAGUCGUGUGUAUGGGGAAAACUUAAUGAGUGAUGGUGUUGUGCGUGAAUGGUGUCGAAAGUUUAAAGAUGGCAUGACGAAGAGGGCCAAGCACGCAAAUCUGUCGUUUCAGAUUACCUGAUUCAACGAGUUGACAGAAUGGUUAAAGAAAACUGCAGAUUCAGCAUUACUGCUUUGUCUACGGAAUUUCCAGUAGUUUCAAGGUCUCUUUUGUACUGUACUUGUCCAAAGAUAUGACAAAUUUCUAAACCUCUUUGGUGAUUAUGUCCAAAAGUAACCGAUGGUGAUAAAUUUAUUAUUUGAUAUAAACUUGUCUUCUAUUUAUAGUCUAUCGGAGGUUGAAAAAAAAGCAGACCUCGAAUUACAAGUCCGUAUUUCAUAUUUGAAAAAUUGAGGGUUGUACCUUUAAGGGUUAAUUUAUAGAGAUUAGUAUCAAUUUGUAGCUCGAAUAACACGUGUUUCGAUAUUUUUUAAUUAUACACAGUAAUUGUAAUAAUGAAUUUAUUCUAUUUGAAUUUAUAACAUUGUGUAUAGUACAGUGUUCCUUAGAAAGUUAUUUUGUUCCUCAAAUACAACAUUUCUAGUUAUUAUUAGUAUUAACAGAUCUUAAUUGAAUCCUUUUGUAUUUGAAAUUAUCUUUAACAUAAAGUUCGAUAUCAGCUUCACAUUUAUUUUUAAUGUCUUCAUCCCCUUGUAUAGAACUUUCUGGAUCGCACUUUAGCGAAUUGUAUGAUUAUUAAAAUUAGGCUUUAAUGUAUUUUCGUCUCCAAUAAAUCAAUUGAAAA